AUGGCUUCCCAGGACAGAGACAGAGAUAGAUCGACUCGGAGAAUGAGCAGAAGACGGAGAGAUUCAAGACGGGAGUCUCGCGGCAUGUCACUCGAUGUGCCGGAGCGCUUCAAGGAUGGCGAUGAUGCUCAGGAAGAUGUUACUGCGCCAAAGCGAAAUAACACCAUGUCGAUGAACCAAUCCCUAUUCUCCAUGAUAGCUCGCGCGGGGCAGCAGUCGCAAACAGACCUCGGCACGAUGCAGGAAGCUGACUCCGGUGAUAGCGAAGAUGAAGGUAAGCGGCAGGCAUCGUAUCAUGGUCUGGACGGCGCUGCCAGAUUAAGUCGUUUAAGCUCUGCAAACGACUUCCACACCUCGACAGAGGGGCCUCACGACAAGAACGUGGCAAAAGGAAAGCACAGGCGGACACUGUCCGAGAACAAGCUCUUACGCUCGCUCCCCAAGUUAAAGGUGUCGAGCCGGAAGGAAGGACGCUCAGAAGGCCCACGAGCCCAUCCAAUGUCUUCGUCGCAAUUUCUGCCACCCAAACCGUCGCUCAAUCAAUCUUCAGCAACCUCGAAGAAAUGGCAACCUAAAAGCAAGGGCAAGGACACGGAAAAGGAAAAAGUCGAUAUCACAAUGGGUGGGGAAACACAUGUUGAAAUAGCAUCCGAUGCUGGCCAGAAGAGUAAAAAUGGAACCAUGGCCGGCUUGGAUAAGAGCCAGCAACCUGUGACGCUUGCAAAAAGAAUCCAGCAAAUAUUUGAAUUUGAGCAGGUUGAGGAGGUCAUCUCCGAAUACCCAUGCUGGUUACUUCAAAGUAUCCUAUUACAGGGCUACAUGUACAUCACCCAGAAGCACAUAUGCUUUUAUGCAUACCUACCCAAGAAGCAUCAUGAUGUCACAAAAACGGGCUACCUCUUCAAGCGUGGCCGAUCGAAGCUGAACAGAUACUGGUUCGUCUUGCGUGGCGACGUACUCGCCUACUACACCAACCCAGCCGAACUUUACUUCCCAAGAAACCGCAUCAAUCUUCAGUAUGCCCUGACUGCCGAAGUGCUUGAAAGCACCAAAAAAGGCGAAGAAGAGACUAGUUUUGCAAUCACAACGGAUGAAAGAAGAUUUGUUUUCAAAGCAGACAGUGCUGCGAGUGCGAGGGAAUGGACCAGAUCGAUUCAGAAGGUCAUUUUUCGAACUCAUAACGACGGAAACAGCGUGAAGAUAUCGCUCCCGAUACAAAAUGUUUUGGAGAUUGAAGAGAGCUCGAUACUGGACCUUGCAAAUACCGUCAAGGUCCGUGUCAUAGACAACGAUGAGACGUUUGCUAUAGACGAGUACUUCUUCUCGUUCUUCAACAACGGCCAAGAUGCGCUUAAUGUGCUCCGCAUCAUGAUUAAUGACAAUGAGCAUCACCAAGCUACCUCAGAUGCUGGUGAACUCGAAUCUCAACCCCCAUUGCAUCGUGGCUCCGUAACAUUUCCAACAGAUGCUAGUGAAAUGCCGCAAAUCCGCGAAAAUGUGCGGGCUACUUUAUCACCACUGCCCCAUAGCACGCAACACAAGCAUCAUUCGGAAGACGAUUCACCUCAGUCCCCCAGAGCAGCAGACUCCGAGUCGGCUACGCUCUCGUUCGAACCAGGCACCGAAUCUUCCGCCGCAAUCCAAUCGAUCGAUGAAAGCAAUGCUUCCGCAUCUCAAAUACUCGACCGCUCCGAUCUUUUCCGUGGACCCACAAACCUACCCGUUGACAAUGCACCGCUGAGCAAACUUGAUCUCCAACAUAGGGACUCACAGGAAACAACACGUUCAGCUCAAGCGAAGACUACAAAUAUCGCAAAACGUUCCAAACAGUCUGCACCCGUAACCGGUACGCCAGACUUUGAAGAUGACACGGACGCUAGCCAAGCAAAUCCUCGCAUGUCAGGAUCAUCUUCAGCAUUGCAGGACAUCGCCUCCUACCCACUCCAGAAAGCGUCGGGAUUAGCUGGAUUCUUGAGGACUCGAUCGAAGAAGAUGGGUAAUCUGUUAGCAAGCGAGUCGAUGGGCUACUAUGAAAAAGUAUCGGGCAUGCUUGCGGGUGGACGAAAGCACUACAACACCGCAGAAGGUUUGGAGACUGGGGAUCAAAUUCAUGGAUUCGAGGACGAUGAGGACGCAGCCAAGGCUGUAGAGAAUUUCCGCGACCAUUUCGCCUUUCCCGAAACCGAAAUCUUGCAAUCUUCAUUCUUCGCAUCCUUGCAGCGAGUGUUGCCAAACUAUGGCAAAAUCUACAUCAGCGGGAGAUAUUUUUGUUUCCGCAGUUUGAUGCCAACGUCAAAGACCAAGGUCAUACUCCCUAUGCGAGACAUCGAAAACGUCAACAAAGAAAAAGGAUUCCGAAUCGGUUAUCACGGUCUCGCUGUUGUCAUCAAAGGUCACGAAGAGCUCUUUUUCGAAUUCUCAAAGGCCGAGUAUCGGGACGAGUGUGCUAUCACAGUGCUUCGUAUAUUGGAGAAUACUAAGUACCUCGAGGAUGAGGAUUCGUCUUCUUCGGGCGUGGAUAGUGGAGACGAGGCGGCCAAAGCAGAACAUGACUUGCUCCAGCAGGCACGCGAGCACACGGAUACUGGCAAGCAAGCUGAUGUAUCGGAGAUCGUCCGUGCUGCGGACCACGACCGAAUACCCCUCAUAUUCGACGACCCACUCGCUUCGUUUGUGGACUUCAAACCUUCAGAGCCGUUGAACAUUGUUUGCCUUACCAUUGGAUCCCGAGGAGAUGUGCAGCCGUACAUAGCAUUAUGCAAAGAACUCCUGAAGGAGGGUCAUAAGCCGCGCAUUGCGACACACGCCGAGUUUGAGCCUUGGGUACGCAAACACGGCAUCGACUUUGCCGUUGUUGAUGGAAACCCAGCCGAGCUGAUGCGCAUCUGUGUCGAACAUGGCAUGUUUACGUAUGGGUUCAUGAAGGAGGCCAAUUCCAAGUUCCGUGGAUGGCUGGAUGACGUCUGUAGUUCUUCGUGGAGGGCUUGCCAGGGUGCAGAUGUACUCAUUGAGAGUCCUAGCACCAUGGCGGGAAUUCACAUAGCUGAAGCGUUGGAGAUUCCUUACUUUCGGGCUUUCACGAUGCCUUGGACACGCACUCGAGCCUAUCCCCAUGCCUUUUCUGUGCUGGAGAAGAAGAUGGGUGGAGGAUACAACAGUCUGACAUAUAUCACCUUCGAUACUAUAUUCUGGACUGCCAUUUCGGGUCAGAUCAACAAAUGGCGUCGGCGAGAAUUGGGUCUUCAAGGAACCACGCAGCAUAAGAUGCAGGCGAGUCUCCGACCAUUCCUGUACAACUUCAGUCCCCAUGUGGUCCCACCGCCCCUCGACUGGCCGGAUUGGGUCCGUGUCACUGGUUAUUGGUUUCUGGAUGAGAGCGACUCAUACGACCCUCCUGCCGAAUUGUUGGCGUUCAUGGAGAAGGCACGCGCAGACGGCAAGAAGCUGGUCUAUGUUGGGUUUGGCUCCAUUGUCAUCGACGAUCCCGCAGCGCUUACUAGGACCGUCGUAGACUCUGUAUUGAAGGCAGACGUACGCUGCGUGCUAUCCAAAGGCUGGUCUGAUCGUUUGGAGACCAAAGAUGCUUCAAAGCCGGAGAUUCCGCUUCCACCCGAGAUCUUUCAGAUUCAGGCCGCACCGCACGACUGGUUGUUCAAACAGAUGGACGCUGCAGUGCACCAUGGUGGCUCCGGCACUACAGGAGCAAGCUUGCGAGCUGGAAUUCCUACAAUCAUUAAGCCUUUCUUUGGCGAUCAAUUUUUCUUUGCGCAGCGCGUGGAAGACAUGGGUGUUGGAGUAUGGCUGAAGAAGGUCAAUACGAGUGUUUUCAGUCGUGCGCUAUGGGAAGUCACCAACAGCCAGCGCAUGAUCAUGAAGGCAAAAGUACUCGGACAGAAGAUUAGAAAGGACAAUGGCACACUGGUUGCGAUCCAGACCAUAUACCGAGAACUAGAUCGUGCUCGCACGCUCAUCAAGAAGCAGACGAAACAGGACGACGACAACAGUGAGGAGUUUGAAGAGGACUGGACAAUCAUUGAAGAAGGUGAGGAGAUGGAUGGAGCUCAUCCCUUUGCGAUGCAGCAGCCAUUGGCGGGGAUCAACCAGGACGCAUCUCAGAUGGGUGCUGGCUCUUUGGUUCUGGGCAGCAUGGUGCUGAAGGGCGCAGCUGCGCAGAAGCAGGCACCACCAGAAGUUGCGCGUCGGGAUUGA